AUGAUGACAACAAAGCAAACCAAAAGUAUCAACUCAAAUCCACACUUAUUAUUACUCCUAAUUCUUUACAAAAACUACUCUUUCCAUUUCCUUGUUCAAUUUCACCAUUCAGCUCACUUUUUCAUCCUCCAUUCUCAUUCGUCAUUCCCUAUAACUUGUUCAAUUCUCUCUUUUUCCCCUUUCCUAAAUCUUCCAUAAAUAAAAAUGGGGAUUUCAUUUAGUUCAGGCAGGAGAAACCAAAAUCACCACCAUCAUCACCACCACACUCCAUACUACCUUCCCAACCCACCACCACCACCACCACCACAACCACAACCACAGCCCUACUACUACCACCAAUCUUCCACACCCACUGUCCCUCAAUCUUCCCCUCUUUCGCCAUCGUCGUCAUCGUCGUCGCAAGACAAUUUUGGUUAUGCAUCCCAAUCUCAUACUCCAUACCCAACCACCCAUUUCCAGUACCAACACCCACCUCCAAUUCAGUCCAAUUAUUACUACCCUGGUUGGUCUAACUCCUAUAAUUACCAAAAUCCUAUGAUGGGUCAGGGUCAGGGUCAAGGAAGGUCCAAUGUGGGUUAUAUUCAGGGUAAUUAUGGGAAUGGGUGGCAUCAGAUGAGGUACCCACCUCCGCAAUCGUCGAUGCUGCUGCCGCCACCACCUUAUGUUGAGCAUCAGAGUGCUAAGGUUGUCAAGAAUGAUGUCAAUGUUCAUAAGGAUACUAUUAAGCUUGAACUUGAUGAGGAUUAUUCUGAUCAUUAUUUGGUUUCUUUUGUGUUUGAUGCUCAUUUUGAUGGCAGUAUAACGAUCUAUUACUUUGCAAUGGAGGAAAAAGAGACCUGUACAUUUACUCCAGUAUAUCCUGAAGCAAGCAGUUCAGUAAAAGUCCCUUUUCAGAAAGGGGUAGGGCAGAGAUUUCGCCAGCCUACUGGCACCGGUGUGGACUUAGGGUUCUUUGAUCUGGAAAGUUUGGGGAAGCCAUCAGAUGAUGAUGUCUUUCCACUUGUCAUAUAUGCUGAAGUAUGUUCCUCAUCACAGGAAGCAGAUGAUGUGACAGGAAAAUCUUCGACAGAGGAUUUUCCCAGGGUACAGGUUACUCAAGCUAUUAUUGAGAAAAAGAACGAAUAUUCCUUCCAAGUUAAAGCAAUUAAGCAGAUUUUGUGGAUCGAUGGUGUACGUUAUGAACUACGUGAUUUAUAUGGAAUCGGAAAUUCAUCUUCUGAAGGAUUCAAUGAUGAUGAGCCAGGGAAAGAGUGUGUAAUUUGCAUGACUGAGGCCAAGAAUACAGCUGUAAUCCCUUGCCGGCACUUGUGUAUGUGCAGCGAUUGUGCCAAAGAGUUGAGGCUUCAGUCCAAUAAGUGUCCAAUCUGCCGUCAACCAAUUAGUGAGCUUAUUGAAAUCAAGAUAAACAAUACUACAACAGCCCAAUGAUCUCCGAGAGUUGUUUUCCUCAAUCAUGAAUUUGAUUAUAUAUGAUGAAGCAAAUGUAAUUUGUAUCUUUGUAAUAUAAAUAUAUAGUUGUAUGCAACAGCGUGGCGAUCAGAUUCAUAAGUUCAUUCUUUUACGUUUUAGUCCAUAUUUUCUACUGCUAUUAA